AUGGCUCGUCAAGAUGAUUAUGAGCCAAUUGCCAUCGUUGGCUUGGCUUGCAGGCUGCCAGGAGACAUCUCAUCUCCGUCUGAGCUUUGGGACUUUCUCGCUCAAGAGAAAUCGGCGCAGUCCGAUUUCCCCAAGAACCGCCUCAACAUCGACUCAUGGUAUCACCCAGACACUCAGAGACCUGGCAGCAUCGCCACGAAAGGAGGCUACUUUCUGAGCGACAGUGACUCCUUUCGAGAGUUUGAUCCCUCCUUUUUCGGCAUCAGUCCUCUCGAAGCCGCGAGCCUGGAUCCCCAACAGCGCAAGCUGCUCGAGGUCAUCUAUGAGAGCUUCGAGUCAGCUGGUCUCAAGUUGGACGACGUGUCUGGCUCCAACACUGGCUGUUUCGUCGGCAAUUUCACGUGGGACAUUGGCCAGAUGCAGGCGAGAGAUGUCGACUUUGGCACUCCUUACCAGAUGACAGGCGGCGGCUUGACCAUUCUCAGCAACCGUGUCAAUUACGUUUUCAACCUCAAGGGUCCAAGUUUGACUCUUGACACGGCCUGCUCGAGUACCAUGUACGCCCUUCACUUGGCGUGCAAGAGUCUUCAAGCUGGAGACUGCUCGGCGGCCGUAGUAGGAGGAACAAAUCUCAUUUUCGGGAUUGAGCAGCAAAUAGGAAGCGUCAGGCUUGGCACCUUGUCUCCGACGUCUGUUUGCCACACAUUUGAUGAAUCUGCCGACGGUUAUGCGCGCGCCGAGGCCGUCGGCUCCAUCUACAUUAAGCGGCUAUCCGAUGCAAUCAAGGACGGCAACCCCAUUCGUGCCGUCAUACGGGCAACUUCAAUAAACACAAAUGGCAAGGGUCCCGGAAUCAGCCACCCCAGUGCCGCAGACCAGGAGGCAGUCAUCCGCAAAGCAUACUCCAACGCCGGACUUGGUUAUGAGGACACGGGUUACUUUGAGAGCCACGGCACGGGUACACCAGUCGGGGAUCCCAUUGAGUUCUCGGCCAUUGGCAACGUCUUCGGCUCUCUCCGUCAGCCCGAGACCCCCUUGCUUAUCGGCUCUGUCAAGACGAACCUUGGCCAUGGUGAAGCCGCGAGCGCAAUUCCCAGUUUGAUCAAGGCCAUCUUGAGCCUGGAGAACGCCUCGAUUCCGGCAACGAUAGGCAUCAAAAAAUUCAACCCUGCUCUCAACUUCCACGGCGGGGCAUUGAAGGUUGUCCAGAAACUCACAGAGUGGCCGACGGAGCACACGUACAGGCGUGCCAGCGUGAAUUCUUUUGGUUAUGGCGGAGCAAACGCCCACACAAUCUUGGACGCAACGGACUCAUACCUCGGCCGCAUAUUGACAAGCUUCGGUCGCCUCCGGUCUCUGGGCAUUACCAACGGCAAUGGCCAUGCGGUUGUCAACGGAAACGGCACAAAUGGUGACAGAAACGGCAACGGAAAGAUCGAAUCCCUUGAUGACAUGAAAACCUACCUGCUUCCCUUCUCGGCACACAACGAGCAGACACUACAGAAGAACUUCAGUGCCGUUUCCCAGGUCUCUGACCACUGUCUCAUCUCAGACCUUGCAUACACACUGAGUACGGCACGCAGUUCACUAUCCUCCAGAGCUUUCACUUUGGUAUCUCGACCUAAACAUGGAACGGCUGGUCAACUGGCCGAGGAUGGUCUGCGUUUCGGCGGCACUGCAAACGACACACCAAUUUUGGCCUUUGUCUUCACGGGCCAAGGGGCCCAGUGGCCCCGAAUGGGAAUGACUCUCAUUGAAGAGUAUUCCUCCGUUCGCCGGUCCAUCGAGGAGAUGGACACAAUACUUGCAGCGCUUCCAGAGCCGCCUGGAUGGACAAUCAUGGACACGCUCGCCGAGCCGAAAUCCACCAGCAAGAUCAACGAUGCUGAGCGGUCGCAAACGGUUUGUACUGCUGUGCAAGUCGCCGUGGUUGAACUCCUGCGCUCUUGGCGAGUCCAACCCAAAGCUGUCGUUGGUCAUUCUUCCGGGGAGAUCGCGGCGGCAUUCACUGCUGGAUACAUCACCUUUCGCCAAGCCAUCAUCAUUGCCUUUCUGCGCGGACGUGCUGUCUCAAGAAACGACACGCCUGGGGCCAUGCUCGCGGUUGGCGUGGGAGCCGACGUCGUGUCCGAGUUCAUCACGCAGAUCCCGAACAUCGGCAUCGCUUGCCACAAUUCCCCCAACGCUGUCACUCUGAGCGGCACAGAAGAAGCUGUAGAUGAGGCCCAUGGCGUAUUCUCUCGAUCAGGGAUGUUCAGCCGCAAGCUAAUUACCUCACGAAAUGCCUAUCAUUCAUCCCUGAUGAAGCUCGCCGCCAUUGACUACGAAGACCAGCUUCUCAAGCAGCUGCUCGGCGAACAUGCACCGACCCGAGGCACCGACCGCCCCAUCAUGUUCUCGUCCGUAACUGGCAAGAGGGUGACGUCGCAAACCCCCUUGGAGUAUUGGCGGCAAAACUUGGAGUCACCGGUCCUCUUCAACCAGGCUGCUCAGUCGCUGCUUCGCUCUUUGCCCGAGGUGCAGUAUGUCGUCGAGGUUGGACCGCAUUCCGCACUCGGUGGGCCGAUCAAGGAAAUCAGAGCUGCUCUCGGACAAAGUGAGGAGCAGCUGCAUUAUCUUUCAGCCCUGAAGCGCAACACCAACGGUGUUGAGUCCAUCUUGAACCUCGUUGGAUCUCUCUUCUUGAGCGGGUAUCCGAUAGCCCUCGAGAGGGUGAACGCAGACGAGUACGGUUCCUUUCUGACGGAUUUCCCUCGAUAUCAGUGGGUUUACGAAGACCUGUACUGGAGUGAAAGCCGAGUAAGCUCCGAUAUACGUUUUCGGGAACACCCCCGGCACGACAUAUUGGGCAGCUUGAUCCCGGGCAGCUCAAAGUCAUCCCCCUCGUGGAGGAAUAUUAUCAGGCUGGACCAGUUGCCGUGGCUUCGUGAUCACAAGGUUGGCGAGGACAUUGUCUUUCCUGCCGCAGGCUACAUCUCACUGGCAAUCGCCGCCGUUGCUCAAGCGUCUGGACUGUCAAAGGACAGCCCGACUUACACUCUUCGAAAUGUAAAGAUAAAGUCAGCCAUGGUCUUGAAGGAAAGUGUCGGCACUGAAUCGAUUCUCGACCUCCAUUCUCUGAACACUGACAACACCGAGUUUGAUUUUACUCAAACCCUCGGCUGCAACAUUGUCUGCCACUGCCCUGUUCAGUACUGGAGCGCGGGCUACUCGAAACGGGGCCUGGUGUAUGGUCCGGCUUUCAAGACAUUGUCCAACAUUCGAUCUACGUCGGACCAAUUUGAAGCACUCGCAAAUGUCGACCUGAAAGCGUCCAGUGGCUCCAUUAUUCAGGAAUCCGAGUAUCCGAUUCAUCCCACCGUCAUCGAUGCCUGUCUCCAGCUUUCCAUCAUAGCUGCACACAGAGGCGAUCCGAACAACCUCACCAAGUCCUAUCUUCCCGUUGCCAUCGAACACAUGACCCUGGCUACAUCCGCGGGCGCUGCUUCUGCAGAGCGAUCAGCCAUUCGUGGGCUUGGUCGUCCAAACGGCCUGCGGUCUAUUAAGACUGCAGUAGAGCUGACUGACGGCGACGAAAGCAGCAUCAAUUCGCAGUCAGAAUCCAAAAUCCCUCAACCUUAUUCUCGUCUCGUGUGGAAGCCCGACAUCAAUCACCUUUCCGGCGACCAAAUGAAUUCCUUGUUUUCCGACCCUAGAGCAAACCAGAAUGCUCAGGAGUACUCUGCAAAGCUUGAAGAGAUGGCUUCGCUGGCCAUCUUGGACAGUGUUGACCGUCUCUCACAGCUCUCACAAACCGUUCCGGAACACCUCCAGAACUUCGUGAACUGGAUCAAGAAAGAGAGUCAGUCUAUUUUACGCACUGGCCUUGGGACACUUUCCAAGGCUCAAAGGGAAAAGCGCAUCCAGGAAAUUGCAGAGCAGAUCUCACAAGACGUUCCGGAGGCUGCCAUGAUUGCAAGUCUCAACAGCCAAAUGUCUGCAAUUCUCUCGGGCGAUGUCGACGCAUACGACGCUAUGGCCAAGGACAACCCGACGCCUUAUAUUCACGAGGACGAAUAUUGUCAGUCUGGCGCAUAUGUCAAGCUCGAGAAGCUGAUGGACCUGAUCGCACAUGAAGAUCCCCGCUUGAACAUUCUUGAACUGGGCAACGGCAGCGCAGGCCCGUCGAGACGGAUGCUCUCGGCUCUGCGAGGACGUCACGCUAUUCCAAACUACAUCAAAUACCAGUUCACAGACGAUUCUGCCGAAUUACUGGCGUCCAUUCAAGAGAGCUACAAAGACUACCACAAGCUCGAGUUCACCCGCUUAGAUAUCUGCCAGGAUCCAACUUCUCAGGGCUUCGAGGAAGGGUCGUACGACAUCAUCUUUGCGCCGAAUGUCAUUCAUGCCAAGCGCAAUCUCGCCGACACUUUGGAGCACUGCAGGAGAUUGCUGAAACCGGGAGGCAGGCUCGUCAUGAUUGAGACGGUAAGGAAUCAGCUUGCGGUUGGCUUCCUGCGCGGGAUACGAUUCGGUUUCUUGUCUACUUUCGAAGACGGCGGCCUUGAAAACCCCUUGCUGUCGAAAUCCGAAUGGAAUCAGCGACUUCUUGAAGCAGGCUUUGCUGGAGCUGCCGUGAUACUGGAUGAUUACCCGGAGCCAAAUAACUGCUCAGCCUUGAUGGUGAGCAUGGCGAAUCCUGUUCAAGAGGAUUCAGACACGGCCAAGACCACCGUCGCGAGAACAAACGAAGCAAGAGAUAAUGAAGAAGCAGUGUUGCUCCUGUACCGUCACGAGCCACAUCCUCUGCUCGUCGAGGUGGAGAAGCUCUAUCAAAGUCAAUCAAUCCCGACCCGCCGCAUGGCAUUCACAGAUUUCCCCAAGUCGGACAAUCACAAAGCCCGCACCAUCAUGCUGGCGGAGCUCGAGGGGCCGAUGCUCUCUCGCAUGUCCGAGACCGAAAUGGCUGCCAUGAGAGACUACACUCAAAUGGCGAGUACCGCCGUCUGGGUUACCAACAGCGAUGUGCUCUCCGGCCGAGAGCCAGAGAAGACGCUCGUUUUUGGCAUCUCCAAAUCUGUCAUGACAGAACAGCCCUCUUUCCACCUUUCAAGCAUCGACGUUGAUCCGGAUGCAACCGGAGCCACCCUGUCCCGUUCAGCUCAACUUGUUGUUGAGAUGGAAGAGGAAUUUCACCAAAAUCCCAAUAAUAUGAACACAGAGCUUGUUGAAAAGGGCGGCAUUGUCUAUACUAGCCGCUACAUCGGAGACGACGACGGAAAUGCCACCUUUGCGAGGUCUUGGACGCCACCGACGGAGAGGCUACCCAUUCGCAGAAAUCUCUCCAUGAGCUUUGAGAAGAUUGGCCGCUUGGACAGCUACUACUUCAAAGAUGUCCUGGCAGCCGAGACAGCACUUGGAGAGACCGAAGUUUUGAUCGAGUCUCGAGCUUUUGCGUUUGACAAGACGGGUCUUGCCGUCAUGAAGGGCCGAAAAAGCCAUCCAUUUUUCACCGUGGAGACUGGGGGCAUCGUUGUAAAGACGGGAGGCAAAGUCCAAGCCAUUCAACCAGGCGACCAAGUCGCUUGCCUGAAGCCCAACACGUUUGAAACUACCUUGACAGUCGACGAACGCUUGGUCUCCCGACUCGACGGCUCGGACAAACUCGAAGACAUAGUCAGUCAGCUCCUUCCCUACACAUUCGCGGUCCAUAGUCUUCGGAAUGUGUGUUCACUGGCCGGACACGACAAUAUCCUCAUCGACGUAUCUUCACCCGUACUGGCUUGCGCCAUUGUUCAGAUUGCUUUGCGCUCCGGCUGCAACGUCUACGCCACCUAUUCCUCUCAAGAGGUGAAGGACCUCUUGGAAACCUUCAAAGGCGUCAGCCUAAUCGACUCGCGGUCCGAAAUCCAGCAUGCCAUACCAUCGGCGCUUGCCUUCCGAGUUGUUAUGACAAAUGGAUUCAUCGACUUGAGCUCGGUCUUGCGGAGAGUUGUUGAUCGAGGUGCUCACCUGGCUCUUCUCUCGGGACGUGCAUCCAUAGACCUGGCCGCCAUAUCUGCAUCGCUCAUUUCCAAAGGACUCACAAUCAGCUACCUUGAUCCGCUGGAGAUGACCUCCUCCAAUCAGAGCGAUGUAUCAUCAGCCAUGAGAGAGGCAGUCCACCUACUGCAGCACGGCCUCGUCUCGAGAAUUGCCUCCAAAUGCUUCGACUUUUCUCAAUUCAGCGAUGCUGCAGCUACUGUCAACAGCUCUCAGGCCCGAGCUGUCCUCACCUGCGAUCCCAAAGCUACCUCGGUGCCCAUCAAGCACACCCCGGAGACAUUGACAUUCAAUAGCAACGGGACGUAUCUUUUGAUAGGCUGCCUCGGUGGCCUUGGACGCAGUUUGACCACUUGGAUGAUAUCCCGAGGUGCAAGAAACUUCAUCUUCCUGUCACGAAGCGGUGCCGACAAACCAGAAGCCGCAGCAUUGAUCAGGGACUUGGAGGGCAUCAGUCAAAGCCAGACUUACAAGCUCUCCCUCCAAGUCGCGCGUGGAGACGUGUCCAAGCGCGAGGACGUUGCGGCCGCAAUCUCGCUGGCCACAACUCCCAUUAAGGGCGUGAUCCAGGCGGCCAUGGUCCUGCAUGAACUCAUUUUCAACACCAUGUCGCUCCAACAAUGGAACCAGGUGAUUCAGCCGAAGGUGCUGGGCAGCAUCCACCUCCAUGAGCUUCUCAAGGACCAGGAUCUCGACUUCUUCGUCAUGACCAGCUCCGUCCUGGGCGCCAUUGGUGCUGCCACGCAGAGCAACUACUCUGCUGCGAAUGCCUUUCUGGACGCCAUGGCCCGACAUAGACGCAGCGUGGGCUUGCAGGGGACAUCCGUUGCCUUGGGGAUGAUCCUAGAAGUUGGCCACGUCGAGGAGCAUCCGGAGGUUGAGGUGGCUCUCAAGCGAAACGGAAUGUAUGGCAUUGGGGUCACCGAGUUCCUCCUGGCCAUGGAGGCUGCAUGCCGCCGACGAGACCUCUCUCAGCCAACUCCCUGGGGCUAUGACUCUUGCGCAUCUUCCCACAUCGUUACUGGCAUGGACCCAACGAGAGUAACUCGCGCCGGCGGAAAGGGCAUGUGGCUUAGCGACAACCGCUUGCGAAACCUCCUCCUUGCCAUCGGCGGGGAGACCAAGGAGCCCAGAGCAGACGGGCAAACCAGCUCGAGCCAAGGCACCGCGGCCAGUCUCAAGGCGGCAGCGGAAACAGGCGGGGAAAAGGCAGUAAAGUCUGUGAUUCAACAGUUGCUGAUGGAGAGGCUUUCCAAGCUUGUCCUCCUACCUGUGCAGAAGAUGCACGCGCAGAAGCCCUUGUCAGUUUACGGCAUGGACAGCAUGAUCAGUGCGGAACUGAGGAACUGGACGUGGAAGGAGUUCAAGGCCGACGUGCCGUUCAUGAGCCUUCUCGACCAGAGCCUCACGUUUGAAAGGCUUGCAGAGCAAGUGAACAACGUGAUGGAUGCAGAGUUCAAGAGCUGGCUUAAUGUGGCUUCCACCUAG